UUGAGUCAUCCAAAUGUUUGGGAAACAGACGGUUUUUCCCUGAUUGGCGACCAGGAUGAGUAUAUCUGUAUAUGCAACGUAUUGCCUCAUUGGAUAAGGAGCACAUGGAAACUGUCAUUUAGCAUACGAAGACCCUUCCAGAUAAUAAUUGGAUAAUGGUAUUGACAUAUUUCUCUCUCUUAUUUUAUAUUUCUGAAUCCUCAUCUUGUUGUAGAAUUUGAACUAUGAACAGACUCUCAUCCGCAUCGUAGAUUCUUUCCCUUUUAGGGUGUCAUAGCCUAUAGGAUAGGUGGCCGUUGGGAGUCUGAAACACCGCCAACCAUGAGAGAGGAAAGUACCAAGAAUUGGCCCCAUAACUGAAGCCGACUCCAAGAGGGCGUCAUCACCCCUUUUAACUUUCCUUAUAAAAGUGGUCCCCUGAAUGAAGGAAAAGUGUGAAGGGGGACGGCAUAUAACAUAUAUCUGCCAAACACGGAAUAAAAUCGUGGGUCACUUUCUCCUCUUCUCACUUGUCUUCGUCGCAUCGGCUUCCCCGGAUACACACACCCUAUAUCUCUCCUCUCUUCCUCUCUCUCCUAGCCGGGAGCAAUUGGCAGCGAUUGUUGACGUCACCACAGUGUGUAGCGAGACAAAGAAAAGUUCUUUCUUUCAAUCUAUCAAUAGAUCUCAUGCAGAAUCAACCGUUUAGACAAAGGUCAUCUUCAUUCGAGGAGCAAUCACUCAACAACAGCUCCAUCAUGUUGUCUUCUCCGGCGUCGUCGUUGUCGUCUCUGUCUGGGGAUCAUAUAGGGCAGGAGAGUUGUGCUGAUCUCUGGGAUAAUGAGGAGGAGUUAAGUUCUGGGAAUGGGGGUGGUGGGGGUGUUGAGAGGCGUGGACGGAUAGGUCGGAGUUCGGAGAUGAAGACGAAGAAGGAAUUUCCGCCUCCGAUACCGUGGCUGGCGCAGACGGAGAACUUGCUGUCGCACAUGCCGUGGGUAAUGAAGAGGUACCAUACGAGCGAUGGGCGGCUCAUCAUUAGGGAGGAGAAGGUGAAGCAUCACGAGUACUUCAGGGCACACAGGGCCAAUGGCCGCCUCACACUGCAUCUUAUACCCAUGAACGACGACUUUUACGACGAGGAGAACCUGAAGGGGGAAGCCGAGGAAGAUGAGGGAAAUGCAGAAGUUGGGGAUGCCGAUGAUGGAAGGGGGGAGGAGGAGGAAGAGGAAGAGGAGAAAGAAUCAGUGAAGUCAUCGUGUGUUGAGAUGAAUGAUGGGGGUGGAACAGCAGGAGGAAGAGGAGGAGGAGGAGCAGCCAAGUGUUACAUGGGAUCCGUCUCUUCAUGUAUGUUUGGGAUGGCUAUAGCAGCGGUCAAGCCACUCCAUAUUUAGACAUAGAAUUUGGAUAGAUAAUUUGUAUAUUAAUGGAUCCAUCACUCACCCUACCCUGCUGUCUUAAUUUUCACAGAUUUUUGAUGCCAAGUGAUGCCGUGAGGGUGAUGGUGAUGUGUGGCUGCCUGACGUCAUCAGUCAUCACUUCCCCCAUGGAAUAGGGUUUUGGAUAUACAUUUUCUUUCCCGUUUUAAACAAAAACCAGAUUCCUGAAUUUUCUUUCUUUCUUGGUUGACCCAGAAAGGCAAAAGAAAGGGCGACAGUGAUAAGAUAGGAGUAGGGGAAGAGUGGAAAGGCAAACAUAUGGGGGAAAACAAAUCAUGAUGGUAUACAGCUACCUCCCACCCCCACCAUGAUUGGGGCACGUCUUCCUAUGUUAUGUUACCCGUUUCUCUUCCAAAUUUCCAAUUCAUCCCCUUUUUCCAAAA